CUGGCCGGCACGUCAGCGGUUUGCUGCUGUGCACGUACUCACAACCUCCGCGCGCUCCCAGCCGCAAUACGCGCUCCAGAUUUGGCGCCGAGGACGCGCACGAGCGGCUGGCUGUCUGCCUGCUUGCCUGCCUGCCGCGACUCUGCUUCCAUGUCGGCCGAUUAUGUGUGUCGUUAAUAAAAGUAAGGCGUACUUCUCCUGUCGGAUAUAUCGCAGUCUCAGUUCGAGUGUCUUAGUGCUGUGAAUGUAGAGCACUUGGCCCGGGUGAAGACAAAGAGCGGCGGAUCAUUCCUCCACUUGUCAGUCCUCGUGUCUUCAGUGACUGUCACUCACUUCUCCUUACUGUAUAUCUGGUCCUAAUUGCCUUCUACAAAAGUGUGCAUUUUCAAACGGUAUUCUAAGAUCUGGUGAAACUAACAGGGAACUCAUCCUUUGAUGCAGUGUAAUAUGUGGUGUCUUACGAUGAAAUACAUCCCAAAGUCUUGGCUUCCCAUGGAAUGGACAGAUAUCCAUCCAUCCAUCCAUCUUCUAACCCGCUGAAUCCGAACACAGGGUCACGGGGGUCUGCUGGAGCCAAUCCCAGCCAACACAGGGCACAAGGCAGGAAACAAUCCUGGGCAGGGUGCCAACCCACCGCAGGACACACACAAACACACCAAGCACACACUAAGAUAUGAAUUAAACAAUUCCUGAAAUACAGAUGGACUGCAAUCAUGUCUGCCUGUGAUGCAUUUACAGAACACGUGUGGAAGCCUGGUGAAUGCAAGAACUGUUUCAGACCAAAAAGCCUACAUCGCCAAACAGGAGUUAAUACAGGAAAAGCUGACCAGCACCAAAAGCAGCGCAAGGUUUCUGCAUCAGAUACAGUUGGGAGCCGCCCUAGCCAUGUCAACAACUACCACAAUGUGAGCAGUGCUGGACAAACUGGCACGUCUAGUCAUUUCAGGCCUCCAGUAGCAAAGAAGCCUACUAUAGCCGUUAAACCAACAAUGGCACUUUGCACCACAGCUUUGGAGCUUCAGGGUAGCCAUGGAUUUGAGCAUCCAAAUUCCAGAAGCUCUGCAUUCACAGUUUGGAAUCAAAAUUUAGUGAACUGUAAAAGGCCAAGGGGAACAAACAAUAAUGUAUUGUUAGAUAGGGAGGAAGAGCACAAAGAAUGCAGUUUUCAGACCUGUCAAUCUCCAGGCAGCAGCAGUAGUAAUAAUAAUAAUGGAUUAACAGAGGUAUUAAAGGAGAUUGUGUGUCUUGGGUCUGGUCCUGGGUCCAGUUCAGGUUCCAGCUCUUUAGAUGUUUUCUUGGGGCGCAUCAACAGCUGCUACAAGCGUUCACUUGAGCGGGGUCUUCUAGCAUCAAGUUGUUUGACAAUGGGAAGGAAUAGUGAUGUGGGAAUGAAUGAGGGUGACAAGAAAAAGGUGUCUGUUAGUGGUAGCACUGAGGUUAUCAGUAAAGAAGGUGGACGAUUUUGCUACUCUGACUUUUCCAGUGAAGGGGAAGAAGAUGAUGAAGAUGAAAGUGAAGAAGAGAAGGGGGCUGAGCAUGAAAGCUGGGAUGAGAGUGAUGAAGAGCUAUUGGCCAUGAAUAUUCGAAUGAGGGGUCAACCUCGUUUUGCCUGUUUUAGAGCUGCCACACUUUCACCUGUAAGAUUUAGUACUGAAAGAAAGUGGAGCACUGUGCCACUUCGCAACGUUUCUUUGCAGCGCAUUCUUGCUGUGGAUUAUGAUGAUAGUUACGAUGAAAUCUUAAAUGGAUACCCAUCUGAAGGAGCCAAUGGUGGUAUGCUUCUUAAUAGCCCACAUUCUACUCAAGACAGCCUUUUCUUUUCUAAUUCAGAAUCUGGAACAUCUCCUGAAACCUCUUCAUCUCUGCCCGAAGGUUCACUCCCUACACCCACUAGUCCUGGCAAUCUAAGUAAUAAUUUCCCAGCUUUUGGGACUGCCAUAAAUUUACAAACACAUCACACUAGCAAUAACGAUAACGAACAACUUAAUCUAGGAACAAAGCCUGCAAAACAGACUGUAGUCGACCAGCAUAAAACUGUGCUGGCUGUAAGACUGGAGGAGCAAAGGAUUGGGCAGCAUACAGAUGGUGGUGUGUUGAAAAAUUGUCUCCCACCUCAGGCCCUUCCUGAUCAGAUAGUGACAAUCAGUUUCAAUCCAACUGAAGAGCAGGCCAAUCCUUAUCGUGUUGUUAGUCUAGAGCAACCAACAAUGUGUAAGCCUUACACUGUUGUUGAUGUUUCCGGUUCAAUGGGUGAAAAAAGUAACUGUGGCAAGCAAAACCUGGCAUCCAAAGCAUUAACAUCACCAACUUCUCUUACGCUGAACUCAACUCCAUUGUCUCCACAGAGUCCCCCUCUAAACUCGCCCACAAUGGUUCCUAAACAAGUUUCUUCAACAGAUGGGAACUCAUCACCAAAUAAAGCGAAAAAUAUCUCCUAUCAGGAGGUGUGGACUUCGAGUUCCAGUCCCCAACAAAAUAUGUCAAAGAUAAAGUCAUGUAGAGACAUAAAUACAGUUGAUUAUUUGGGAGGAUUAACUGUGCCUUCCAGGUCCAGUGCUCACAAAUCAGCACCUACCUCCCCUACAAUGUGCACCUCUUCUUCUAAUAAGACAGUUCCAAUUAAAUCCUCAAAUCUGUCUGAAAUUAAAUUCAAUAGCUACAACAAUGCAGGUAUGCCCCCGUUUCCCAUUAUCAUCCGCGAUGAGCCUGCAUAUGCAGGUGGCACUAAAAAUGCAGUUAAAGUACCAAUUCUAAUCAACCCGAGUGCUUAUGAUAAUCUUGCUGUUUACAAAAGCUUUCUUGGUUUGAGAGGUGAACUUCCUUUAAAGAAGGAUGGGAGAAACAGAGUGAGUAGUCAUGCUUAUGAGGAAAUAGGACCUUCAGAGAGCAAUCCAUCCACGCCAUCCUUUCAAUCAAUAGCAAAACCUGAGAAUGUCGAUACAGAGAAAAAAGAAGAGAUAAAAGACCAGACAAGCCCUUCUAUACAGACAGCUGCAGGACUAGAAACAAGUGCAGGAAUUGUUUUUGAAAAUCCUGCUGCAUGUAGUGCCUUAGUAUCUGAGUUAGUCCAAAAGACAAAUACAGUACCCCUUUCUGUUAAAGAGGGUGUAGUGCAAGCGAACACUGGAACAGUCCACCGAGAAAAAGCCAGCACUGUUCUCUUUCAGACUGUUACCACAAUCCAGCCUCCCCAGUCUCCACCAGAGUCUCCAAUAAAAGAAAAUAAUGCCUGCCACAUUGGUGAAAUCUGUGAGCUACUGACAAAUGCGAGCAUUGAAACAGUAGAGCGACCAAAGACCUCACACACUCUGGUAGAUGGGAUUUUUGGUAAAAGAAAGCAAGUUUCAACACCAGGUUCAUCACUCGUAAGUGCCAAAGUAGAUCCUGCUGCCCCAUUUCCCCCACCCCGAUCCACCUCCUCUCCAUAUCAUGCCAAUAAACUGCUACAGAGACAUUUUGGCAACUGGUCAAAGACUGGAGUAAAUGGAGAUGGCCCCUCUUCACCAAGUGCAGGCACAUCAACAUCUGGUAUAGGGGAAGGGAGGCAGACAGUUUCAGAAACACCUAAAGCCAAACGGUGGAUCUCUUUUAAGAGUUUUUUCCACAGGAGGAAGAAUGAAGAAGAAUGCCAAAAGAAGGACAAACUUGAGCCAGAAAAAGGAAAACUUGUUGGGCUUGAUGGUACCAUUAUACACAUGUUGCCACCACCUCCUGUACAGCAGCAUAAUUGGUUUACAGAAGCCAAGACUGAUGAUCCCAACCAGAAACCUACUAUUAUCUUCACUUGCAAACCAAGAUUAAAUCAUGAAGGGGACCUGCCAAAGAAUGAUGUGUUGUUACAGGAAGACAGAGCUGUAAACGAAAAGCAGACAUCUGAGGGCCUGAAACACAAAGCUGAUGACCAGCCUGGCCAAGGCCAUCCAUCAAAGAAUGUUGUCAGUCAAACAACUGAACAAGGAAGCAUUAAUGAAAUUUCUACAAUGAUCGAAUCCUGUGAGGCACAUAAGAAAGCUUCAAUGAAACCGCUAAAAAAUGGCAAAGUGGUGACAUCCAGCACUGCUAGUGAAGGGACGGUUAGUGUGAAUGAAGAAGAGGAUGACGUGGAGUCUACAGCUUCUGGCACUUGUCAAGUCACCUAUAGUAAUCUGGGCCAAUCCAGAGCAAACAUGAUCCCCCUGAAACAACCCAGAAAUGCUAAAGCCUCUGAUGAUGCCACAGUGAAGUUUGAGCUGUCAGAUUCCAGUACAACAUCCACUCCACUCACAGUUCCUAAGAAAAUGACCGACAGAAAUAAGCCAGAAUCAUUAUCCAAAGGCAAAGGCUCUCGCUCUCUGAAGAUUAAGAAGCCCACAAAAUCCAAGGGGGAUAACCAUAACAUUGCAAACCCACUAUAUGAUCUCGACACUGGCUGGGAGACCGCAAGUCAGAGCUCAUCUCUUAGUUCUGAAGCACAGUUACUCGAUGCAAAUUCUGGAGACUCACUUGAAAAAAUGACAGGGGGCAGAAAAAGACCAAGAAAUAGUUUAUCUAUCUUUGCUUCCACUAAUAUUGAAGGCAAGGCAAAAAAAGAUUUUUGCAGCCUUCAGUCCUUGCCCGCUGUAAAUGUAUCUGAGCAAGGAGAGGCCUACAAGCCACAAAGGCAUGUUUUAUGCAAAAAAUGGAUGGAUGGGUGGAUGGAUAUUGAAAACUGGGAGGAGGUAAUGAGCCACAUUAGGGGACUUCAUUCAAACACACUUCAGAUGUUGGCAAACAAAUGUAAGGAUAUUUAUAUGGCAGGGAAAAAACGGCUCCGUCGCUUUGGCACAGAGUGUUGGUCUGACUUUCACUUAACUACAGGAACACCUUGCUGCGAGUCUGGUGAUGCCAUAUACUAUACUGCUUCAUAUGCCAAGGAUCCAUUAGUAAACUAUGCUGUCAAGAUCUGCAAGAGUAAGGUGAAGGAGACCCAACAGCAGUUCUUUCACAGCCUGGCAGUACGGCAGAGUUUACCAGAGCACUUUAAUAUCCAACAAGAUUGUGGACACUUUUUUGCUGAUGUUCCUGUUCGACUGUUACCCUGGGAAAUGGCUAGUACACCUGAAGAGGAUGGAGAGAAAGUGAAUACAUUACCAGAGGCUUUUAUAGCAAUCGCUGAUAGUAGUGCUCCCUCUUCUGCACUGACAACCCAGAAGCUGAAGCAAGUAUCCACCACGGGAACAUUGGGUAAAUUACGCAGCUGUGUGGUGGUCAUUACCCAAGAAGUACCAUAUCAGACACUGUCAGAUUUUGUGAAGGAGGGCAUUUCCUACCAUAUUAAAAACCCUGAUCUUUAUGAACGGCAGAUCUGCCUUUUGUUGCUGCAGCUUUGUUCUGGCCUUGAACACAUGAAAGCCUAUCAUGUCACACACUCUGACCUGAGGCUUGAGAACCUGUUACUGGUACGCUGCCAACCAAACAAGCCUAUGGAUUAUUCAGAUGCUGGCUCCAACUUGGUGUGCCCUGGCCGUCUUAUAAUUAGCAACUUCUCACAAGCCAAACACAAGAGCGAGUUAAUGAAUCCUGAUGUCCUUGAGAAUCAGUCCAGAUUAGCUCCAGAGAUAAUUAGUGCCACUCAGUACAAGAAAUGUGAUGAGUUUCAGACAGGAAUACUCAUCUAUGAAAUGCUGCACCGACCUAAUCCCUUUGAAGAGCUUCCAGAAUUAAAGGAGCGGGAGUAUACACCAUCUGACCUCCCACGCAUUCCCCAGCGCUCCCUCUAUUCACAAGGGCUGGAUCAACUUGCUAGCCUGCUGCUCAAUGCCAAUCCAUCUGAGCGCAUUCAGAUUUCCGAGGCAAGGGCUUUCUUGCAGUGUCUGCUGUGGGGUCCACGGGAUGAUCUGUUCCAGACUCUGAGAGUAAACCAAGACGUUAAGCACCGAGAGAUCAUUUUGCAGAACUGGCUAGAUGUAAAAAGAACCCUAAUGAUAAUCAAGUUUGCAGAGUACUCACUGAGUGAUGGCAUUGCUGUUAGUCUGGAGGACUGGUUGUGCUCUCAGUAUUUGGCCUUCACGAAUUCAGAGUUGUUGGCGAGUGUUGUUGCAAUAGUUCUACGACAGCAUGAGCAUCUUUGAUAUUUGUUAUCUCUUUGCUACUGGUUUUUGUCAUACCACUGCUCUUUCUAUAGUGCUACCCACAUUUUACAGAUUGUUUUGCAGUUUUGUACAGAUGAUACUUAAUAUAUAGCUAUAUUAUUUUGCACGUCUUGCACAUCUCCAGGGUUACAGAAGUUUGUGUUUUCUGAACAUGGAGCAACAGAGAAAGGAUCAAAAAAUUGAAAUGUCAAAAUGACAAAGGGUUUUUAUAGGUUCUGAAGAAGCAAAAAUACCCAAUAGCCUAUAUAUCUUGUUUGUGCUACAGAUUAAUCAGAUUAGAAAGAUGAUAGCAAUGAUCUUACAUACCUUUUAGUAUUAAAUUAUUUUUAUGAAAACAUUUAGGCCAUGUACUCCACAUUUUAUACGAUUUUUUUAAGGUAGUGUGUGCUCUAUUUGAACUGUUUCCUUUCUCUUUGAUUUUAAUGGCCAAGAGCCUGAUAUACAUUUGUUUGAGCACAUUACAAAAAUAGAAACCAUGAGCUGUUUCAUUUUUAUUCUUUCAUGUUUGCACUGAGUAUAGGAAAAAAUGUAAUCCUAUAGACAAUGUUGAAGAAGCAGUGACACUGGUUUAAGUCUACGUAUAUGAAUGUGUGUGUGUGAGUGUGUGUGUGCGCGUACACAGAUAUGUUUAAGGCAUGUUGAGCACUACUAUUUAGUAUGUUUAUUGACGCUUUGCAUAUGCAGUAAAUCCAUACACCUUUGUGUGAUCAUUUGGGAGUGAGGAAUAUACUUUUUGCUUAAAGGGGCAAGGAGGGCUACAAGCAACCUUUCAAAAAACACUUAUUGCAGGCCCUUUGUACAGGCAAUAUUUCAGUCAGACAAAUCAUCUAUUUUGGUCCUUGCUCAGCUUUUUAUGGUACAAACAGGCAUAGCAAGGAUUCUUUCAAAACACACUAACUGCCUGGUAACCAAAUGAAUGGCAACACUUUUUUUAAAAAAUGUAGCCCAGGUUUAGUUUUUUUUUUUUUUUUUUUUUUUUUAUAUACUUACAAUUCUGAUUAACUUUUUUUUUUUUUUUUAGUGAUUCGUAUCCAUGCUGUAUAAAGAAUAAAAUGCAAUACAGAGAGAGCCUUGUGUUGUUUCUACAGUAUUUACCAAAACGCACUCAAAAGAGGGAUGAACAUAGGCGCAUCAAAACUGUUUCACAAAAUGUAGACAACUUCUUCAGUCCUCACUCCUACCUCACAUUACAACAACCACAAAUCCCUUUGUAUCUCCUAUGUCACUCAUACAGUACAUUUCUGCCCUUUCCUUCCUCCAUACCAGUGAACUUUUAUCCCAGCAUGCCAGCCUGCUCCAAGCUCACUAGUCCAUUUUCUUUAUUGUUCGGCUUUGGGCAGCCAACACCCCAACAGGGUGGAGUGUUGUUGUCCCUGGCAUAUUGUGGUGCAGUGUGAAGCAGAAAUUAAUCACGUUUUACAAUCAUUAAACAUUCAAUAGUAAUCCCACAUACUGUAAACUUGCUGAUACUUCCAUGAAUUUCAAAAUAUUCCUCACUAUGACCACUCCUGUGUCAUCUAUUAUUCACCUAAACAGCCUCCCUCACUUUAUGAAGUGUUACUGGGCACGUUUGUUACAAGUUCUACAUUGUAUGGUAUCAUACACAAAACAUACAUGCAGGCCACAUGUUUUGAAAACACUGUUGAGGCCAAGUUUAGACCAGUGGUCCUGAAUGUCAUUUGUGUUGGUUAUGCUUCCUCCAUUCAAUGUCUGCAUAUGAAGUGCCUUACCUUUAUCUGUUUGUUAUCCUUAAUACCACUUCCCAUUCCUGCUUAGAUUUUAGGGUUAUCAGACUUGAUGACUGCUGUUGCUGAUCUCGUCUGAAUUUAUCAGUUUACACAAUUAGGGGGAUGACAAAUUAUUUGAUUCUGUGAUGACUUUCCAGCACAGUUUCAUAUUUUCAAAGUGUUGCGAACAUGUUACUGAUAGACAGUAACAUGUUGCCCCGGUGGAGCCAGUACCCUUGUGAAAGGUUUACAGGUAUGAGUUCAGCCACAAUUUCUGCCCUUUAUCCAUCCAUCCAUUAUCCAACCCGCUAUAUCAUAACUACAGGGUCACAGGGGUCUGCUGAAGCCAAUCCCAGCCAACACAGGGCGCAAGGCAGGGAACAAAUCCUGGGCAGGGCACCAGCCCACCGCAGGGCACACACACCAAGCACACACACGGGACAAUUUAGAAUUGUAAAUGCACCCAACUUGCAUGUCUUUGGACUGUGGGAGGAAACCCACGCAGACAUGGGAAGAACCUGGGAAGCUAACCCGGGUCUCCUAACUGCAAGGCAGCAGCGCUACCCACUGCGCCACCGUGCCGCCCGCCCUUUAUUUUAUUUUUUUCCAUUCUAUUGUGGUACAUAAAGAACAAGACAUUUGAUGGACAAUCCUCUCAGGUCCUGCCUAAAGAUAUCCAUAUUUUGAAUAACUGCUGCGUUCCUUUUAUUUUUCCUUUGCAGUUAUACACCAUUGUAACCUAUAAAGUAGCAUUUAAAACAAUGGAAGGAAGGCUUUCUUAAUGGAUUAGUUUGGUAUCUUUGAAGACCAAGUUUUUUCUUCAGAAACACGCUAUUUAUGCAUUUCCCACUCAAAAUUGUGUUCUAAAAUUAAGUGUUACCCAUCUAUGAUGGGAUGAAAGCCGAGUAAUCAACAUCAUCCUCAGUGUUAACGUUUGCAGUACCCCUUGCAAUGCAUAUCUCUGUUAUAUGCCAUUUGGUAUGGGAUUCAUAAAAGCAGUGCUAAUGUUUGUGACGUGCCAUCUGUUGGAAUGACAGAGCAACCGGACAGACACACAGAAAUGUAUCCUUUAGUUAAGGUGGUGUGCUUUUGAAGAUUUACCAGGAUGCAAGUGUAUCACCCUCCUAGCAGGCUGAGUCUCAGCCUAGUGUGUGUACAUUUACCCAUUCAGCCAUUCUUAUCUGGAUCUAAUUCCAUAUAAUAUUCCCCUUAUUGGUUUUUCCAUCCAUGCUUCAUUUGUAAUAAAUCUGAUGUGAGCUGCCUUAUGGUAGGUUUCUCUGAUCCUUGUCCUCCUCUAAUUGUUCACUGGUAAAGGGAGGCCAUUAAAAGCCACACUGGGGUUACUUCCAGAACUUGGAGUUGAGCCUUUGGGUUACCAGGCCAGAGUAGUGAGCUUGGAGAUCACAGCACUUGAAAAUGUAAAAGAGUCUGGACUAUAAAUUUAGCUUUAAAAAAAACAAAACCGCCUCCACCAUACCUUUCAUGACAUGUGCUCUGACCCCUGGUGACCUGCAGGAGUUGCACCAGCUUCCCACAAGGCCCUCUGGAUGUCUGCCUCUCCCUCUAUGUCAUUGCUAUCCACAGACCACAUGCUUAUGAAAACCUCUAAUGCAAUUUUAUUUUUUUUGGACUACUCUGGCAGUCAGCAAUACAUUCUGAAAUCCUGUGUGAGUUCCUUUUGCUCCCUAGUGGUCUUUACGGACCCUUCUACUUUGUCAUUCCUGCAUCAGUUCAGCCCGUUUGCUGUCCACAGACAGUCGUCGGCUUAUGGAGGCGGCAUGAUGAUGUAACAGCAAUGAUUCACUUGUCACAUCUGUGAGUCUGACCCACAAACGUGUCAUUUGUCCAGCAAAAUAUCCCAGAGCUCCACAAACGAUUACUCACAAACUUCAGUUGGACUCCUUUUUCAUUCAUGAAUUUAUUUGUGUUUAGCCAGCCUUUUCCGUUAUUUUCAGGAUUAUUAGGGUGUAUCCGACUGAUCUGGCUGUCAUUUUCUUGCUUACUGCUCUGUCCUCAUUUUUCCCCCCAAAGCCCUGCACUCUGUUGGAGAGGCUGCUUGUCUUUGGUUGUUCAAGUACUGGCAAGAGAAGAGCUGACCAUUUAGGCUGCGUCUUUGUUGCAGUGAGAAUUAACCUGCUGUUUUGGAGGAUCUUGUGGGUUGAGGUCAGCGUGAAGGGAUGAGGUUUGGUCACAUGUGAGCCACAAAUUAUUUGUUAUCCCAAAAAAACAAAAGGCAUCAGGGUGGGUCUGCAUUCAUAACAUGGCUGCAUAAAAUGAAAUGUUUGCUUCUGCAAAAUGCCGUAUAUUUUUGUACACAAGUGUGAGUUUACAUAGCUCAAGUGCAGCAUAACCUGAGGACUGUGUGUGUGUGUGUGUUUAUAUACAGAUAUAUUUUAUAUAUAAGGUAUAAAUGCUAAAAAAUCUUGCUUAACUGAGGUCCAGUCCUGUUAAUGAUUUAUCUGCAGUAUUAAUGCUUUUGCAUAUUUCUCUUUACCUGUAAUUAUGUAUAAUGUAUAUUAUUAGUGCACGUCUUGUGUAUACUGUUUAUUUUAUGUCAGCCGACAGGCACAGGGGAAUAACACUAAAAAUUCAAAUAAAUCA